CUCUCUCGCCUCUCUCACUCUUCCCUCCUUCUCUCUUUCUCUCUCCGACGAACAGGACGCGACCUCCCAGUCUCUCUGUGCUCUCCCUCUUUCCGAUCGGCGAACCACCGCCAGCAACCGACGAACUACCGCACCGGACCAGCGAGAGGACCGCGAACUCCCUCUCUCUCUCUGCCCUCCCUCUUUCCGACCGGCGAACCACCGCACGGGACCGGCGAGAGGACCGCGAGCAAUCGACGAACCACUGCACGGGACUGGCGAGAGGACCACGACCUCCCUCUCUCUCUGCCCUUCCUCUUUCCUACCGGCGAACCACCGCGAGCAAAUCAGACCUGGUUUUUUUUGGGGGGGGGGGGAUUUUUUUUUUUUUAAGGCUGAGGGGGUUGGGCUUCUUUGUUUGUGCUGGCCAGACGACGGAGAAGGCGAUCAUCAGAAAGGAGAAGCACCUGGAAGAGGAGACUGAUGAGGACGAGGAAGUCAUCUACAAAAUCGAAGUUCCGGCGAACAGGAAAUGCACGGAUACGACUUGCUUUGCCUCGAAGGGCUUGCUCAGGCCCUACGUGUAUUCAAUAAGCAGGAGGAGACACCUCAAUACAGUCUUCGUAACAUCAGCAGGGGAUCAAUGCUUAAGAUGCAUGUAAAACCAGAGGUGCUGAUAUGUGAGGAUUGAUCUGUCUAGAUUGAUCUAUGCUGGAAUAAUUUAUUACUUGAGUGACCAUUUCUGCCUCACAAAUCCGUCCAUACGUUGUUUCUGCUGUCUUAAGAGGGAUAACAUUUGAUGAAGCCAGUUAUAACAGCUUCAUUGAUCUUCAAGACAAGCUCCAUCAGAACAUUUGCCGGCGAAGAACACUGGUUGCAAUUGGGACUCAUGACUUGGAUACGCUAGAAGGCCCCUUCAGCUAUGAGGCUUUGCUGCCUUCCAGUAUAAGUUUCGUCCCCUUGAAGCAGGUGAAGAACUUCAGAGCUGAUGAACUAAUGGAAUUUUAGAAGUCAGAUUUGAAAUUGAAGAAGUUCUUGCACAUAAUAGAGAACUCGCCUGUGUUCCCUGUUAUCUAUGAUUCAAAGAGGUGUCACUAGUGUUCUCAAAAGCACUGGAGUUGCCUGGGCAGGCACCCAAUGUGGCGACUUCAAAAGCACCUCAAGUGGAUAUUUGUGAGUACAGCGGAUCCCAUGAAAGAACCUCCUCUUAUAACUGCAAACACUGUUCUGUCCAUACUUGCUGUAGAUUACCCAGUCGACAAAGUAGCAUGCUAUGUCUCAGAUGACGGGGCAGCGAUGCUCACCUUUGAAGCCCUUUCCGAGACAUCAGAGUUUGCAAUGAAGUGGGUCCCAUUCUGUAAGAGAUUCAAUAUUGAGCCUAGGGCUCCAGAAUGGUAUUUUUCUCAGAAGGUUGACUAUUUGAAGGACAAAGUGAAUCCUGAAUUUGUGAGAGAACGCCGCGCCAUGAAGAGAGAAUAUGAAGAGUUCAAAGUUCGGAUAAAUGGGUUGGUGGCAAUGGCACAGAAAGUUCCUGAAGAGGGUUGGACAAUGCAGGAUGGCACUCCGUGGCCUGGGAACAAUGUCAGAGAUCAUCCUGGAAUGAUCCAGGUUUUCCUUGGCCAAAAUGGUGACCGUGAUGUUGAAGGAAAUGAAUUACCUCGGCUAGUUUAUGUCUCUCGCGAGAAGAGACCUGGUUUUGAUCAUCACAAGAAAGCUGGUGCCAUGAAUGCUCUGGUGCGGGUCUCAGCAGUCAUCACAAAUGCCCCUUAUUUGCUGAACGUGGAUUGUGAUCAUUAUAUAAACAACAGCAAGGCUCUUCGAGAAGCCAUGUGCUUCAUGAUGGAUCCAAUUUCGGGCAAGAAGAUAUGUUAUGUGAAAUUUCCACAGAGAUUUGACGGGAUAGAUCGUCAUGAUAGAUACUCAAAUCGUAAUGUAGUAUUUUUUGAUAUAAAUAUGAAGGGUUUGGAUGGUAAUCAAGGACCAAUUUAUGUCGGAACUGGUUGUGUCUUCCGGAGGCAGGCUUUGUAUGGAUAUGAUGCCCCAAUGAAAAAGAAACCUCCCGAGAAUACAUGUAACUGUUGGCCAAAAUGGUGCUGCUUGUGUUGUGGAUCUAGAAAAAGAGGUAGGAAAAUGAAGUCCGAUGAGCAAAAGAAGACAGGGAGGAACAGGGAGGCUUCAAAGCAGAUUCAUGCACUGGAAAAUAUUGAAGAGGGAAUUGAAGGUAUAGACAAUGAAAAAUCAUCACUAAUGUCCCGACUAAAGUUCGAGAAGAAAUUCGGUCAAUCCCCAGUUUUUAUAGCUACAUCCUUGAUGGAAGAAGGUGGUGCCCCAAAGGGAGCCACUACUGCAUCACUUUUGAAAGAAGCCAUUCAUGUCAUUAGCUGUGGUUAUGAGGACAAAACGGAAUGGGGAAAAGAGGUGGGCUGGAUAUAUGGCUCCGUUACAGAGGAUAUUCUAACGGGCUUCAAGAUGCAUUGUCAUGGCUGGCGAUCUGUAUACUGCGUGCCUAAGCGGCCUGCUUUCAAGGGUUCAGCUCCAAUAAACCUAUCAGAUCGCCUGCAUCAGGUUCUCCGUUGGGCUCUUGGAAAGGUUGAGAUCCUUUUGAGCAGGCAUUGUCCAAUAUGGUAUGGGUAUGGCUGUGGCUUAAAAUGGUUAGAGCGGUUUUCUUACAUCAACUCGGUCGUCUAUCCUUUGACUUCCAUUCCCUUGAUCGCAUAUUGUACUCUUCCAGCCGUUUGUCUUCUAACAGGAAAGUUUAUUGUCCCUGAGAUGAGCAACUAUGCUAGUCUCAUUUUCAUGGCACUGUUUAUAUCUAUUGCGGCUACAGGCAUCCUUGAGAUGCGGUGGGGUGGUGUCAGCAUCCACAACUGGUGGAGAAAUGAGCAGUUCUGGGUAAUUGGUGGGGUCUCCUGUCACCUGUUUGCUCUCUUCCAGGGUCUACUAAAAGUUUUGGCUGGAGUCAGCACAAAUUUCACGGUCACGUCCAAAGCCGGAGAUGAUGGAGAAUUCUCUGAGCUAUACCUCUUUAAGUGGACAUCACUGUUAAUCCCUCCCUUGACUCUGCUCAUCCUAAACAUAAUUGGAGUCAUUGUUGGCGUUUCAGAUGCCAUCACUAAUGGCUACGAAUCUUGGGGUCCACUGUUUGGUAAACUUUUCUUUGCUUUGUGGGUCAUUGUUCAUCUGCAUCCCUUCCUCAAGGGAUUCAUGGGAAAACAAGAUCGGUUACCUACAAUCAUAAUUGUUUGGGCAAUUCUUCUUGCCUCGAUUUUAACUCUUUUAUGGGUCCGAAUAAACCCUUUCAUUUCCAAGGACGGCAUUGUACUAGAAGUGUGUGGAUUGGAUUGCAACUAGGAUUAGGUGAGCUGGAAUGUUGUAGUUACUAAAAAAUUUACCUGUAGAAAUUUUGUUGCUGUAUUUUGCACUUGAUUUUGUUCGUUGGUUGAAGACUCGAAGAGGAGGGCACCCUUUUGCAAUUGGCGGUGGGAUUCAUCAAUGAGAAGGCUCCUUGAAGGGUAUAUGUACAAAAAAGGAAAAUUGAAAAGAAGAAAGGAAAAGUAAGAUUUUUGGCAGAUGUGGGCCUUGAGUUGUGCAAAAUCCUCUCGAUUGUUUCCGCGUGUUUAGUGUUGUAAUGAGG